AAUCUGGCAUUGCCUCCAAGGACAACGAUUGAAAAUCCAGUCAAUGGCUUUAUCCUCCUCCACUCUCUGUCACCAAAACCUUACAAAACCCUAUUUCGUCUCUUUCCACAAACAACCCCAUAUUCUCUCUCAUCUACAAUUCCAAACCCCACCCAAAACCCUAACCCUAGACCCCAAAUUCACCAUCACCGGCGGUUGCAAACUCUCCGGCCAUGUCCCAAUCAGCGGCUCUAAGAACUCCGCAUUAUCGAUCCUCGCCGCCACUCUUUGCUGCUCCGGCACUUCCAAGCUCCACGGGGUACCAAACCUCUCCGAUACUCGAACGAUGGCUUCUAUUCUUCGGUCAUUGGGUGUGGAAAUUGAAGCCUGCAAUGGCGAAAUGUGGGUCAACGCUGACGGGGUUGGGUCCGUACAGCCUUGUCCGGAGGACAUUGGGAAGAUUCGAGGUGGGUUUUUCGUUAUUGGGCCAUUGCUGGCUCGGUUCGGAGAGGCAGUGGUGGCUUUGCCCGGUGGGUGUGAUAUUGGGACUCGCCCAGUUGAUUUGUACAUUAGAGGGCUGCGUGCCCUCGGCGCCAUUGUCGAAUUGGGGGAUGGGAAAGUGCGAGCACAAGCGGCAAAUGGCAGAGGAUUGGUUGGAGGGAGGUUCAAACUCGAUCACCCCAGUGUUGGAGCAACCGAAACUCUCAUGAUGGCAGCAUGUAUGGCUGAUGGAGUGACCGUGCUUUCAAAUGUUGCUAAAGAACCAGAAGUGAUUGAUCUUGCUCGUUUUCUGACUGGCAGUGGGGCAUGUGUGGAAGGAGCAGGGAGUGAUACCCUUUACAUAAAGGGAAAAAACCAGUUGCAUGGUUCUGAAUGUAUAGUACCACCUGAUCGUAUCGAAGCAGGCACUUUCAUGCUUGCUGCAGCUAUCACUCGCUCGUCCAUCUCAAUGUCUCCCGUCAUUCCUUCCCAUGUAGCAUGUCUAAUAGAUAAGCUUUUAGCCGCUGGUUGCAAAAUCACAUGUGCCCAUGAUACCUUGGAGGUUUCAGCGGUUCCUGAUGAUGUUGGUCACAAUUUGCAAGGCUUUGAUGUUAGGACGUGCCCGUUUCCUGGGUUUCCUACAGAUCUUCAACCUCAGACAAUGGUGCUGCUGACAACAUGCGAUGGUUUGAGCAUAGUGGAAGAAACCGUGUUUGAAAACCGAAUGGGUCAUGUAAGAGAGCUGCAAAAGCUGGGAGCCAGAAUUCGGGUCUGCGGGAGCACUGCAGUGAUUUGUGGCAAGGAGAAAGGAAGUGCAUUGCUCAGCUCUCACCUCGUUGCAAAGGAUUUAAGAGGCGGCGUGUCACUUGUCUUGGCAGGGUUGGCUGCAGAAGGAGUCACUGAAAUCAGUGGCAUUGCCCAUAUAGACCGAGGUUACGAGAAUUUAGAUGCCAAGCUUCGGUUACUAGGUGCUGAUAUCAAAAGAUUGAUUCCCCUCGGUUCUCCGUUGUAGCGAUUCUGAUAACAGCUUCACAAGUCAAAAGAUUAGGUCCAUUUUCACCCUUUUUUGCCACCUGAUUCCCAACCCCGUUCCCACUUGCUCACCUGAAGAGACCUUUGUAUGGAGUUUUCAUCAACAUGGUGAAACGAGUGCGUAUUCAUGAUCAUCAAUCCCCCAACCCCUUUUCCUUGUUGAAGGCCACGCAAGAAAGUUUUCCCGUUUAGCUUUUUUUUGGGUUCCAACAUUCAUUAUUCUCAAUCCCAUGAUUCCUGUAUGAGGCAAGUUUAUUCCCUUCGAUACCUAGGGAAAUUGUGAAAGUAAGAAAUGGCCAUGAGUAUAGCAGAGGCUACUUUAUUCUUUUAUUCCUUGCUAAUGACCUACAUAAUGAUUUCAAAGAA